AGCGCGGGGGAGCGGCCCCGGGCUGGGCGGGAGGCGGUGGCGGGGCCGAGGCGGGAGGAGAGAGCCGGGGCCCCGCUGAGUCCGUCCCGGAGUCUGCGGGAGCAGCAUGGCCGCCAGCUUAUGGAUGGGGGACACUGUUGAGCCUGGUUCAUGCAUGCCUGCUGGUUUUGAGUGGCAUCGACCCUCUUAAAUGAGUCUUCUUUUUGAAGUCUGGAGCCAUAUAUGGAUGAAAACUUUGUUUCCAGAGCCUUUGCCACCAUGGGAGAGCUCGUUCUGAGUGUAAAAAUCAUUCGAAACAGGUUGACAGGAAUCCCAGCAGGCUAUUGCUUUGUAGAAUUUGCAGAUCUAGCUACUGCAGAGAAAUGUUUACACAAAAUCAAUGGAAAACCCCUUCCUGGUGCUACACCGGCAAAGAGAUUUAAAUUGAAUUAUGCAACCUAUGGAAAGCAGCCUGAUAACAGUCCAGAAUAUUCACUUUUUGUGGGAGACCUGACUCCUGAUGUGGAUGAUGGAAUGUUGUAUGAAUUUUUUGUUAAAGUUUACCCAUCCUGUAGAGGUGGAAAAGUUGUUUUGGACCAGGCAGGAGUAUCCAAGGGUUAUGGGUUUGUGAAGUUCACAGAUGAGCUGGAACAGAAAAGAGCACUGACAGAGUGCCAGGGAGCUGUGGGCUUGGGCUCCAAACCUGUACGCUUGAGUGUGGCUAUACCAAAAGUUAACCGUGUGAAAUCAAUGGAGUACAAUCAGAUGUACAACUAUAAUUAUAACCAAUAUUACCAACAGUAUCACAACUACUAUGCCCAGUGGGGCUAUGACCAGAACACAGGCAGUUACAGCUACAGCUACCCCCAGUAUGGAUACACACAGAGCACAAUGCAGACAUAUGAAGAAGUUGGGGAGGAUGCCUUGGAAGAUCCAGCACCUCAGUUAGAUGUCCAGGAAGCAAAUAAACAAUUUAUGGAGCAGAGUGAAGAGCUCUAUGAUGCCUUGAUGGACUGUCACUGGCAGCCUUUGGACACUGUCUCCUCAGAGAUCCCAGCUGUUUUAUAGCCUCCUGUCUGAGGUUCUGUGUCCUGUGUGACAAACUCACCAGUGCUCCCCAGACUGUUAAUGCUGCCCUUGGGUCCUGCAGGAGUGAGGGGUGGCCCUUGCUCCACCACCCAGGUCUGGUACUCAAAGUGCAGAAGGAUUCUGGCUCCUCCUGGAGGGAAUGAGGAUCAUAGGAGCAUCGUGGAUUCCUGGUGGAAGUUAAAACCAUGACAGUUUGAUUCCUUUUGUCUUGAAAUGAACUCUUAAUGGUUCUUGGGAAUUGUAAUUUAUAAACUCUCAACAAGAUGGCACAGGGGAAGGACUCUGCUCCAACGUACAAUAAAAAAAACAAAAAAGUUGGUCUUUUAAGUAAAA